GACACUCUUUAAAAUCAAACAAUAGUUGGCACGACAGGAAGAGUUCACACUUAGUUCUCAGUCUUUGUCAUUUACAUAAGUACAUAAAGAUCAUUUUCGCUUACAGCUAUGAUUGCCGGUCAUUAUGUCUGAGACUUCUGGACGCUCGCACUCGGAAGACAGUUACCUGUACGACCUGCUGAAGACGUGCGCUAAUCUUCAAUCGCUCGAGAGUCUCUGCCCGGCGAUCGACUACGACUGCAACUACAACGACGCCUACGGUUACGGCGAGAAAAUGAUCUCUACGAACCCGUGCUCCAUUAGUGGAAGCAGCUACACCAGUGAAGCUUCCUUCACCGAAGGUAUUCUCGAGGAGAAUGGUCGCAUAUCGCUCGCAUACGAGAACUUGCGCACAAUCCCUCGUCGCAUCGCCGAUAAGUUCGCCGCGCAAACCAAGUACCUGGAUCUCAGUCACAAUAACUUUCGCAAUCUGUCGUUUCUAUCAUUCUUUGAGGAGCUGCACACGCUGAUUCUCGACAGAAAUGAAAAUUUGGACGUUAGCACACUGCCGUAUCUGCCCAGCUUAAGCAUCUUGUGGAUAAACAAUUGUAAUAUUUCAAUCGUAUCCGACUGGAUUCAUCGCAUUGAGCGCCAAUGCCCAACUCUAGAGCAUCUUUCAAUUAUGGGCAAUCCGGGCCUUUGCAAUCUCCCCAUAGACUACCGCCUGUAUUGUUUGCAAGUGCUGCCUAAUCUGAAGUAUCUGGAUGGCAUACCGCGUUGCGCUCUAGGCGGACGUCCUCACAUUCCUGGACGUGUGAGCUCUUCUUCCUGUACUUCCUUUGCUGGGCAUGAGUCGACAAGCGCCUCCGCAUCGGAUAAUCGACACCAAACUCUAAAUGGCAGUAAGGCGUCCUCCCCAACUCUCAGCUUUAAAGAUCUAUUUCGAAUGAAACAGCGCAAAAAAGGGGGAUGGGGCGGAGGCGUUGGCUAUAGCAACGGCUCAUCUACAAACUGAUAAGAGCCAGCAGCCUAAUGCUGACUUGCACACCGCAUACAGAUGUACAUAUUUAUAAAUUUACAUACAUACAUACAAGUAUAUGUAGUAUGAACAUAUUCCGCUGGUCUGUUGAGUCCAUUAACCCAGUCACUUUGUAGUAUUAGGUUGCUAUUUAUAGUCCCCGUGCGCCCCUAUUGUUGACGAGCAUGCGCACAUACAUAUGUAUGUAUGUAUGUACCUACGAGUAAGUGCGUUUAGUAUUUAUAUAUGCAUGUAUACAUUAGUGUGUGCAUGUAAGAUGUAUGCUCGAUUUGUCACAAAAACAAGCUUAUCAGUAUAAAAUGUACUCUCGCACUCAACUGCAUAUACAUAUGUAGAUACAUAACUUAUGUAUGGUUCCACCUAAAAACUUAAAUGUUUACCGAUAUGUAAGUAUGUACAUAUAUUCAUACACACACAGGGCUGCGCCGAAGCAAUAUACUCUUCACCGUUUCCUCCACGAUCACAGGUCCAUACCCUACUCUGUCCGUAAUCAAUAUAAAAAAAAAAAAAAUCAAAUCUGUUUUUUAUAACCAUCUGUAUUCAAAUAAUACUGUUCCUGUGACACAUCAUAUAAGUAUGUAGGAGUCUGGCAUGGUCAGUCUCGUCGGUGCCCAUCAAAAGCAAAACGUGGCGGAAGGUAGCACCUCAAUAACUAGUAUACACAUGACAUUAGAACACAUAUUUACGAUGCCAUUUUCAUUAUGGGUGCUACAAACUUACAUAUCAAAGCAAUAUACCUUUACAACCAUUAGUAAAGAGUAUAAGAAUAUAUACACAUACAUAGUAGAUAGUGCUCCCAUGUGCAUUGCCAGUUAAGUGCUCGGCAAAUUAGAGUAAAUUGUAAAUUCUCGUGUUCAAAUGUACAAAUAAACACAUACAUAUUUACCUACAUACUUAUGCGCAAUGUAUUUGAUAAAUAGUAUAUGUAGAAAUAUACAGGAAAUAGUUCUAAAUCAUCACUAUGUAGUACAUACAUACAUAUGUAUCUUUUCAACAUUACCCUUUUUGCUGUUGACAUUUUACACAGCACCUCAUU